AUGGCUGGCAAGCAACAAUUGACCCAGGGCAUUUCCAGCGGGAGUCUGACGCGUUCAUCGUCCAUGCCGUCCCUACUCCGCCUAGGCAGAUAUCUGCUUCCUGCUCUGGCCGUCGUCUUGUUACUUCGGGGCAUUUAUGAUGUCUCACACCGGCGCGGUUUCGCUGUCCGAGGCGCCGCCCAUCUAGUGCCUCUGGAGGCGCACAUUAUUAGUAAAUGCCCAGACACGAGGGAUGCCUUGAGGGAGCUGAUCCUCCCUGCGAUGCAGCGGGUAUAUGACAAGGUUGAUUUUCAGCUCAAUUAUAUUGGAACCCCAACGGACAACGACGGCGUCGAAUGCAAACAUGGACCCUCUGAAUGCAUGGGCAACAUUAUCGAGCUUUGCGCACGCGAACUCUACCCGGACCCGAAGAUCAACCUGGGCUUCAUUAUGUGCUUGACCAGGGACUAUCGACACAUCCCCGAGCCAGCUCUUGUUCAAGACUGCGCCUUGGAACACGCCAUCGACAUUAAAGCCAUCAACGAGUGUGCUGCCAGAGAUGACGGCGCGCACGGCAUGGCUCUUUUGCGAAACAGCAUUCAACGGACCUCGGACCUGCACGAUUCGACUCAAUGA